UGUAUGUUACGUCAGUUACGGUUGCUGCGCAGUUCGUCAGUCAGAUCCUGCAACGGGAGGCCCGAGACCAGCUACGGAAAACAUUAGCUACUACACCAACGCAGCCUGUCAAAACUCAUAUCUUUUUAUAUUUUACAUUGACCAAAUAGACAUCUGUCUAUCGCAUGCAUGCGUGCUCUUUAUCAGCGAGCAGUUCGCGCAAGUUGACCCGCUUUAACAUCAGUCUCAUUAGCAUGGUUAGCAUGCUAACCUUAUGACAGAGUGCACUCGACUGUCUUGAGGUGCACCAAACGGCUGUGACGUCACUCAAGGUCAUCAGCAGGGGCGCAGUGGAUAAGUGCGGUUCUGACACAGAGGAAUGAGUCAUGACCACUGUGGUGAUUGUAGAUAGUGGAGGGAAUAUAUUGGAGUAUGUCGCUGGAGAUGAGGAAGCUCAGCAGGAGUAUUGUCCUGAUGGGGUGGAGGCUGACGGAGAGAAGGCCUGCCCUGCAGUGAUAGUGGAACAGGUGAAUAGUGCUGAUGUGGAGCAGUGUUAUGCUGCUCAGGUGUUAGUCUAUGAUGAUCAGAAUACCUACCUGGUGCAGGAUGUGGCUGAGGAACAGGUUGUGGAGACUGAGUUGCAAGAGAUGGCAGCAGUGGAGGUCUCUGUGCAUGAUAAAACUAUUGAAGCAGCUGAAGCUCUGCUGCACAUGGAUUCACCGGCCAGCUUGCAGGGCGAUCGCAGCACAGAGGAGCUUUUAUCUGAGGUGGAGGUGGAAGUGAGAACAGAGGAUAUGGGAUAUAUAUAUAUUACAGGACGAAAACCCAGAGCUCCACGGAGUUUCUGUGAUGGUUCUCUGGAUAUGGUCUAUAAGAGGAAAUCAAAAGACAGCAAGGGCUCAACUACUUACCUGUGGGAGUUCCUAUUGGACCUUCUGCAGGACAAGGAAACCUGUCCAAAGUACAUUAAGUGGACUCAGAAAGAGAAGGGCAUAUUCAAGCUUGUGGACUCCAAAGCGGUGUCUAAAUUAUGGGUGGAGGUCUCUGUGCAUGAUAAAACUAUUGAAGCAGCUGAAGCUCUGCUGCACAUGGAUUCACCGGCCAGCUUGCAGGGCGAUCGCAGCACAGAGGAGCUUUUUUCUGAGGUGGAGGUUGAAGUGAGAACAGAGGAUAUGGGACCCGUUGCCAAGGAUAUUGUUGUCCUGCAGGAGACCGAUUUACUGAAGAAGAAAAAAAGAGAUCGCACCUAUCACAAUGCUUUUUUUGUUGUUUCCAGGACAGUGAGGCUUGCCAUGCAGGUUCCUGUACUCAUGACAACACGGGGUCAGAAAAUCUCCACAGUAACUGUCAACUCUCCCACCGUCCGCUCGCCGAUCCUCCAUGCGCCCAACUCAGUCGCUGGGGGUAACAGCGCAGGCAAAGUGGUUCUCCAGGCCGUGCCAACGCUAGUGCCUGCUCGGGGCCAAAGCGGUGAGAGGAUCACCUUGCAGCUCAUCACCCUUCCCACCAUACCUGGCAAACCCGGCACUCCCAUCACUCUGAGUACACUCUCCCCCGUCACCGUGUCUACCAGCAACACCCAAGUCCUGAAGCUCGCCGUCCCCUCCAACAUCUCCACGACCGCCUCCACAGCUCCUGUAACUGUGGUGACCUCGCAGCCAGGAGUGACUGUGGUGCCGAACGCACAGCCAGCGAUGACUUUACAGGAUGUGACUAUUAUUAAGGUUGAAACUCCUGAGGUUUCCGUGGAUCAUACAGUUAACGUGGCUGUGGAGAACACACCGAGCACAGAGAUGAACCCCACGACCACACUGAGCUGAGCAAACAUCAAAUAUCACUGCAUUCACUCACAGGAACCGACAUCAAUGCUUGUGACACAGUUGCAAAUAAAACAAGUGAUGUGAAGAGUGGCUGUCUCUUAUUUGAAACGGAUGAAACCAGAACUACAGCUCAGACGCUUGUUGACGCCCAACAAUAUAACCACCAUGUGUAGCCUGAGCCUGGGUUAGACUUUUCUUUCUUUUAUUUCUUAAAUGUAUCUAUUCAAAUCACGCUUUGUUAUAGCAUACCAUCUGUGCUGUGAUGCUGUAGGAACGAACCUCACUUGGUGCUAAAGACUGAGAGGAAGUCACGUGGGUGAAGAGAAACAGCCAAGAUUUUGAUCACCUGGUAAUUUGGAGCAUAAAAUAAUCUGCAUAGACAUACAAUUGUGGUAGUUAAUGAUAAUAAAACAAACAGCCUUAGGUCAGCUUUUUCCUCCUAAAUCAUUACUAAAAGUAACUGAUUGUGCUUUGUGUAAAUAUGAAUUUUUUUUUUUUUUUGCUAUUUUGUACCAAGAAGUGUUUUUUUUUUACAGUUCAAAGGAAACUGUUUUCUGAAGGACAUUCAAAUGUUUUUUUUCUGUCAUUUCAGACUUUUUCAAUAAUUUUCUUUCUGUGCAUUUAUCACUGUUUUCUGUAUCAUGCAUUCACUGCUUUGUAUUUUGCAGAUCAUUUUUUUCACAUGUACAAAAAAAGGGAAAGAAUGUCUGAUACAGUAUAUUGAAUAUUCAAUAUAUGAAGCAUAUAUUUUGUUGUAUUCUUACCCUAAAGUUGUAUCCAAGUAGAU